UCCACAUUUGCGCGCGGUGGGAGGGGUGUAACUGUGCUGGUGCUUCACAACUUGUACUGUACAGCGCACUCUGUUUUCCCUAUUCCAAUCAAUGAGUAUUGUUAUUGUUGGACUUGUAUCUGAUUGCCAGACAACUGAAACACGUCUAUUCAACUUUGUUACAUAAAGGUGCCAUGCUGUUGGGGGUCCGUGGAUGAGCCCCCCUUUCAGGAAGCAUGGCGUCGCCAGGAGACAGAGAUGCACUGGUGGAGAGGGGAUACAUCCCCCUGGACAUUGACAAUGUCCACAUGCUUCUGCAGGUGGAGCAAGAGCAAAUUCAGAAGAGAACCUUCACCAACUGGAUCAAUGCUCAGCUCUCAAAGAGGAUUCCCCCGUGCAUGGUGUUGGACCUGUUCAAUGAUUUCCGGGACGGGUCUAAGCUGCUGGACCUGCUGGAGGUGAUGAGUGGCCAGCGGAUGAGUCGGGAGAGAGGCAGAGGCAUCUUUCAGCACAGGAGCAACAUUGAAACAGCCCUGUCCUUCUUGAAGAAGAAAUCGAUCAAACUGGUCAACAUUAACAUUCCCGACAUCAUCGACGGCAAACCAUCCAUCAUCCUAGGCUUGAUCUGGACAAUCAUUAUGCAGUAUCAUAUUGAGGAGCUGGCCAGCAGCCUGUCGUUCAGCUCCCGUCAGUCCUCUCUGGAGUCACUGGCCAGCCUGGACUCUCGCUCCACCCUGUCGGCCCGCUCUACUAGCAACAGCCCCGUGCCCCCCAGGGGCUCCCCCCUACACCAGCGUUUCCGCGUCUCUGCCAAGAAAGCUCUGCUGCUCUGGGUCAGGGAACAGUGCCACAAGGCUGGCUGUACUCUGAAUGUGAAGGACUUCAAGGCCAGUUGGCGGAGCGGUGUGCUCUUCUUGUCCAUCCUGUAUGCCCUGAGACCUGACCUGGUGGACCUGUCCAAGGCCAGAACCAGAACUAACCGGCAGAACCUGGAGGAGGCCUUCCGCACUGCCGAGCGCGAGCUGCGCAUCCCCAGACUACUGGAGCCCGAUGAUGUCGAUGUGAGAGACCCAGAUGAGAAGUCCAUCAUGACCUACGUGUCCCAGUUCCUCCAGUACUCCAGAGACAUGCCUGUGACAGAGGAUGACAUGCAGAUGUACUAUAUGACUCCUCCUAAAAGCCUCUCUCCUGUCAACCUGCCCACUCACUUCACUCCUGCCAUCGCUGCCUCCCCUCUGCGCCAGGCUCGCCUGCUCCAACCCCUACUUAUGAGAUCAGCUCCUUGUCAAGAACCGGAACCCUCCAGAGCUGCUGCUGCUGCGACCACAACCAAUCAGAAGACCCAGGAAGUGACCUGCUGGCUGUUGCAGGCCUAUCAGGAGUUACUGGAAGGCUGGGACUCCACAGAAGGCGAGAGCUAUGCAGAGAGAUACCAUGUGUUCCAAACCUUUGUGGUGUCCUUUAACGAACAGCGUCGCCCCGUGAUGCCUCUCCUGACAGCCAUGAAGCGCACCCCCCAGCUGAGUGAGGAACAGAGGAACCUCAGGGGGGCUUGGGACGCCCUCGCCGAGAAGCUGCGUGAGUAUAAGACAGAGCUGGACCUUAGUCUGCCUGCUUCCCUGGACAUGGUGGGCCGCUGGCUGCUUAGGGCUGAGGGGGCGCUGGCUGAGGAGGAGGGGGACCCUCAGGACCACGCCCGCGCCGCCGAGGAGGCCAGGGAGAAACUGGAUCUGCUCAAGACAUCCCUGGACGAGAUGCCCCAACAACUUAAGAACUUUCAGAAGUUCCAGAAUAUGGAUGAAUAUGGAGCCAUCCUGGUGCCUACUGACAAACUGGAAGAGAUGAAGAGAAGGUUCACCAGUGUAAGAGUCACUGCCAAGUACCAUGGGAUCAAACUGGAGUACCAGGAGCACCGGCACACAGUGCUGGACCUGCUGAGCCAGAUCAGCAGCAAGCUCCGUGUCUGGAAGAGACCCUACAUAUCCCAGGAGGCUGUGCGUGUGCUGCUGCAGGACUGGCAUGAGUUAGUGGUUAAACAGGACCUACCAUCCUUGCUGGAGGGGGCUCUCCUUAAAUUGAAGCUUGUUGCAAGCAAAUAUACUAGCAAAUCUGCCCUAGCUGCAGACUCCAAAUACAUAAUGUGCCAAGUGAAGGAGUUGGAGGAGGAGGGUGCUGUGGCUCUGGAGGGAGUGUCUACAGUGAAGAGCACUAUGGGCCGUGUGCUGUCUGCCUGGGACUCCUACUGUGACUGUUACAGCUCCCUGCAGGCUUGGCUGGAGCAGGCCUCAGCCUCCCAAACGCUCGCACAGAGGCCAGAGGUAACAUCUGAGAGUAUGUCAGAGUGGAGUUCCCGCCAGGCCCAUCUGAAUGAGGUAGGGAACUUCCUGGUCCAGCUGACUGACCCCAUGACCAGCCGAGCUCUGGCAGAUGACCUCUGCAAGCUCAACCUGCAUUGGGCGGACUUUAUCAAGAUAACACAAUUUGCUGUUGUAGCUGUGCCCAGCGGAGCUGCAGCCAGACCCCAAGACCUCCAGGCCCUCUUCAGAGAGGCCACCCAGAUCCUGAAGGAACCUGUAGAGGCCAUGUCUGGGCCCCUGAGGACCUACACGAAGAAACUACAGUUCAUGAUGAGGAAGAUAAAGGAAGUAGAUAUGGAUGCCCUCUCCCCCUCCUCAGAAUGCUCAGCUGAGACUCUACAGAAACUGAAGCUGGCUUUACCUGAGGUGAUGCAGACGCUGGUUGAGGCUGAGCAGGUGUGUGUGGAGCUGCAGCACAGUGUGUCUGGUCUGGACUGCCGCCUGGCAGAGCUCCUGCACUGGGAGACAGAGGCCCGGGACCUCUACCAGAUCCUGAAGGCAGGAGAACGCAGGGCUACACGGUGCCAGGACCCCCGCGCCAGGGCGCUGAUCUCUCGUGGGCUGCAGCUGGAGGGUCAGGUGGUGACUGAGGAGCAGGAUCUGCAGGUGAUGGUGAUGACAGGACAGAAGAACUCUCCCCUCCAGUACCUCCUUGUCUCCGCCAUGCAGGACAGAGUCAGAGCUGCCGUGGCUCAGUCACAGGAGGCAGUUGGGAUGCUGAGCUCUCUGGGAGCCAGAAGAGACAGAAGCCAAAGCCCCACAGAAGACCAGAACCCACCCAAGAUCUUCAUCCAGCCUGAAGAGGGGACUCAACCCAAACAGCCUCAAUCACUCUCUCUUGCCAGGCAUGCAACUCAGGCCGUUGCUCAAUUAGCAUCUCAGCCUGAUGUGAAACCACAGCCCCAGUCCCAGCCUUCCCCUACUAAACCACAAGCUCAGGCCCAACACCCACCAAUACCACAGAUUAUAGUCCAGGAAUACAGAGAGAAGAAGGCAAGUCCCAGUCCUCCUCUCCUGUAUUCCUAUGCACAAGCUAUUACUCAGUCAAAGGGCCGAGCACAGUCACCUCCAGAGCCACAGCCACAGGUAACCCAGAAACAACCACUAGUGCAGCAACAGCCACCAUCUCAACAACAGCGUCCAACUCAGCAACAAGUACUCUCUCAGCAACAAGUACUCUCUCAGCAACAAGUACUCUCUCAGCAACAAGUACUCUCUCAGCAACAAGUACUCUCUCAGCAAGUACUAUUUCAACAACAGGUUCUACCUCAACAACAAAUAUCUGCUCAGCAGCAGGUUCAAAGCCAGAAACAGGCCCAACAAUCAGCACAAGCCCAGAAACAGACUCCAUCUCAGCAACCGGAAAAGACACAGAAGCAGCCUCUAACCAAGGAAGAGAUGCUGAACUGGAAGAAGCAACCUCAGGCCAUGAAGAACCGACCCUGGCUCCAGAAGAAGGUCAAGGAUCAGGAUCAGGCUCCGGCCCAGGCUCCAUCCCAAGCUCCUGCCCAGGCUCCAUCCCAAGCUCCAGCCCAGGCUCCAUCCCAAGCUCCAGCCCAGGCUCCAUCCCAAGCUCCAGCCCAGGCUCCAUCCCAAGCUCCAGCCCAGGCUCCAUCCCAAGCUCCUGCCCAGGCUUCUAAUCAAACACAGGCUCAACAACAGCCAGAGAAACCAAUCAUGUCUCAAGUCCCUGUCCAGGUAGUUCCACAGCCUGCAGGAACACCCAGGCCCCAGCCUCAGGCACAAUCCAGGACUAUGUUUCCUUCUCAAUCACAGGCCAUGGCUAGUGCUCAAGCUCUACCCCAAGCAGGGCCACAGCAAGUCCCCCAGGCAUAUCUUUAUGGCCAGCCUCCUGCCCAAUCUCUGACCCAACCCCAAGCAAAGACCAAGAGCCACACUCAACCUAAACCAACGGCCCAAGCCAAACAGCAACCCAAGACUAUUAUCCAUGCUCCAUCCCAAACCAUGACUCACACUGAACCCCAGCCCAUAACUCAAUCUCAACCUGUGACCUACUCACAAUCACAACCUGUGAUCUACUCACAAUCACAGAUGCAGGCCAUUUCUCAAUCCCGGAUGACUCAAGAGAAACCCCAGCCACAGGUCCAGAAACCUCAGCCACAGGUCCAGAAACCACAGCCACAGGUUCAUCAACUGAUGCAUCCACAGUCUCAAGCUCAGGCCCAACCACAUCCCCAAGCAUGGGCCCCAGUCAGGCUGCCACAAACACUCACUGAGACGCACCGGCUGGGCCUGCAUGCACAGGCCCAGUCUCACCCCCAGGCUCACCCACAACUCCAGGCCCAGCCUCAACCUCAAGUUCAGCCUCACCCUCAAGUUCAGCCUCAACUCCAGGCCCAGCCUCACCCUCAAGUUCAGCCUCACCCUCAAGUUCAGCCUCAACCCCGGGCCCAUUCUCAACCUCAUGUCCAGCCUCACCCCCAGGCUCAGGCUUAUCCUCAAGUCCAGCCUGAGGCCCAGCCUCAUCCUCAAGUCCAGUCGCAUCCCCAGGCUCAGCCUCACCUUCAAGUUCAUCCUCAUCCCCAGGCCCAGCCUCAAUCUCAUGUCCAGACUCAACCUCAGGCCCAGCUUCACCUACAGGCCCAGCUUCACCCCCAGGCCCAGCCUUACCCUCAAGCUCAGUCUCACCCCCAGGUCCAACUUCAUCCUCAUCCUUAUUCCUCUGCUCAGGCUCAACCCCAACAAUGGGCCCCAGUCAGACCCUUCAGCCCAAUUUACCCUCAGCCAAAGAGUCAUCCCCAGGUAACCCCAGUCAGACCUGAACCACGGCCACAAGCCUAUCCUCAGCCCAUCAUGGUCCAACGUCACCCUCUUCCUCAGGCUUGCCCACUAGGUCAAGCUCCACCACAGCAAUGGGCCCCAAUCAGGCCAGAGCAAGCCCCCCAGGCAUAUCUUUAUGGCCAGCCUUAUGGCCAACCUCAAGCCCAAAUACAGCUCCAAAGCCAUGUUCAACAGCAGCCUCAGGUAAGAGCUUACAACCUUACCAAUGUUAAGGCCCAGCAAGGCCAGUUCCAACAGCAGCUAUGGGCCCAGCCCCAUCCCCAUCCCCAUCACCAGCCUCAAAUUCAACCCCAGCCAUAUUUCCAGCCUCAGCCACCUCCCCAGACCCAAAUUCAACCAACAACCCAUUUGCAGCCUCAGCCCCUCUCUCAGACUCAUUCUCAGUCCCAGAUCCAGACCCAGCUCAAACUUCAGCCUCAGCCCCACUCUCAACCUCAUUCUCAGCCCCAGAUCCAGCCCAAGCUUCAGCCUCAACCCCCCCCUCAGCCACAGCCUGAGCCCCAGAUCCAGAUGGAGCCCAAGCUCCAGACCCAUAUCCAGCCUCAACCCCACUCACAGCCCCAGACCAAGCCUCAGACUCAGCCCCAGCCCAUGAUCCAGCCCAUGCCCCAGCCCCAACCAGAGCCACCACCCCAGCCCAGUAUCCAGCCCCAGACCAAACACCAGCCACCUCCCCAGCCCAAUAUCCAGCCUCUUCCCCAGGUCAAGCUUCAGCUCCAGCUCCAGCCUAAGACCCAGCCCCAGGUCCUUUUCGAGCCUCAUCUCCUUCCCCAGUCACCACCAGAUUCCCCAGAGCUCCAGAUGAAACCCCCAGCUCUGGCCCAGGCCCCACCCCAGGCUUACACCGAGGCCUAUGCCAAAGCUCAGGCCCUGGCCAGGAACCAGUUUGAGGAGGCCAAGCACUGCUUGCAGGAGCACAUCCUGGCUGCCAUUAAUGUCUUCAAAGACAAACACAUAUCUAUCGAACAAGUUUCAGUUAAGGAGGAGACCCUGAGGACCCUGGACCCUGAGCUGUUGAAAGUGUUCCUGAGGGCAGCAGAGGGUAUGGAGGCCUUCUGCACCAUGCCUCAGCUCAGAGAUAUGGAGUUCUUCACACAGUCUGUCAGGACCCAAUGGGAGGCUGUGAGAGCUGAGACAGCGGCGUUUUUGCAGCAUUUACGAUUUGAAAUUAAGAGAAAAUACUUUAACACAGCUGCCUUGCAGUGUGAGAUGCACGUUAACUCAAAAUUAGCAUCCAAAGCGAAGGCAUGUUUCUCUGCAGAGGGCAGCCUAGCCCAGGCUGGGCAGCACCUGGAGGCUCUGAAGGAGCUGUGUGACACCCUGAGCCCCGAGGAUGCCCACCGUCUGGCCCAGGCUCAGCUCAGGGAGUGUGAGAAAAGACUGGCUGCCAUCCAGCGUCAGUUCAGUGGGGACAGGGAUACACCGCCCCCCGACACACCAGGAAUUCCUCUUGACCUGGGGAAAGAUCUGACCCCACAGAGGGAAUCUACAGUGCAGAGUGACAAACCUCCAGGCCCAACUGAGGUUUCACAAGUAGUUGUGAAGACAGUGGUUGUUGAGAAGAGGGUGAUUGACGAGAAGGAGAUUGACAAGCAGGCAGUCAUAGAGGAGGAUCCUGCCAAAAAGGAGGCAUUAGAAAGAUAUGACAUUACUAAGAAGUCUGUUCAGGCUCAACUCGCCAAGAUCGAGCAGAAUUCCCAGAGAGACCUGGCAGCUGACUCAGUCUCUCUCAAAGACCUGCACACACGUCUACAGGAGAUACAGACAUUGUGCCAGGACACAGAGUCUCUGUGGCCUGAGUUUGGCCACCAGUGUUCUCAGAGCUCCCAGUACAGUGGGGAGAGGGGUGAUGGUGGUGUGAGUGUGGAGCACGACCAAGCUGAGCUGGUGAAGCAGUGGAGAGGCCAGCAGUCAGCUCUGCGUAGGAGAGGCAGCUCUCUGGGGGCAGCUCUGAGACAGGUAGACUCCACAGAGCACCACGUUGUUGACUUCUCCGAACGCCUCGACUGCUUCAUCAGAGAGCCCAAGGACAUCAACGCAUUUACACUGGCCAACACCAACAUCCUGACGGACAUCAAGGACCUGGAUGAGAGCAUUCAGAGAGAGCUGGACCAGCUGUCUAGUUUUGACUCUGAUUCCAGUGAGCUGGAUCCCAGUGAUCGCUCUCCCUUGACCCGUGUGGUCAAGACCCACAGAACCAGUCUAGACAAGCUGAGACAGCAAGUCCGUAAGAGCGAGGCGGCCGCCAGGGCCCUGGACCGCUUCCUCAUGUCCCUGCGCACCGUAGAGCAGGACAUCUCUGGAGUACAGGGUGCCCCCUGCAGUGAUGCGUGGGUAUUGCAGGACUGCCGCUCCAAGCUGGCCCUGAUCAGACAGAGUGUGGACAGUCUGGGGGACAAGGCCCCCCAGCUAGACUUGCUACUCCAGGGGGCCAGGCUGUCUGUGACUCGGGACGGUGCCCCAGCCUCCUGCCUGGACAUGGUGUCUGCCUUGGUGCUGCGGCUUGAGGAGGCUGACUGCGGUCUGGUCAGCCAGCAGCACAGUGUCCAGAGGGAGCAGGAGAUGAAGGGCCUGGGCCUGAGGAGGAGGACUCUGCUGGCGGAGCUGAGGAAGGUGCAGGAGGCAGCAGAGAGGCACGGACUAAAGGAGCCAACCAUGCCUGCUGUGCAGCAGAGGCUGCGUGUCCUGUCUGACCUGGAGGGCCAACUGAACUCCCAGCGCUCUGAGCUCCAGAGACUCCAGGAGGCCCACUCUCAGGGCCAGGAGGGAGAAGGCAACCCCCUGGAGGAGCUGAAGACCCAGUGGGAGGACACCCAGAGCGCUGUGGCUGACAGACAGGAACAGUGCAACAUCCUGUUGGAACUACUAAAGAUGUUCCAGAGCUGUCGCAGUUACUUAAGCACCACCAUGCAGAAGGCGGAGCAGACCAUCAGUGAGCAGGCCUCCUACAUGGGCAAGGAGAACCUGCAGAGGCUUAUAGCUAAGGUCCAUGGUAUAAAGCAGGAUCUGAGUGGCUUGGGGACAGGCAUGGAGGAUAUCAGGGGGGUGUGCAGACAGCUGCAGUCCCAUCUGAAGAAGAUCCCUGACUGUAAUGAGACUCCAUUUGAGGCCGAGGCUGAUGGACUGGUGGACCAGUGGCUGGAUGUGACAGAGAAGACAGACUCAUGCUUAGAUAACCUGCGCAUGGGGCUGGAGCUGUGGGACAAGCAGCUGAUGUUAGGGGGAGAGGUGGAUGGCUGGGCGGGGGCCAAACUUGCCCUGUUUGCAGAGAGCCACCCCUUCCAGAACGAACAGGAGAUCCUGACCAUAAGGGAUGAGAUCCAUGCCCAUGAGGAGAACAUUGAGCGUUUCCACAAGAAGUCCAUUGAGAUCCAGGAGCUUCUUCAAACCCAAGAGGCCCCAUUGGAGCUACAGGUGAUGGAGACCCAGCUGAGGAAGAAGAUGGAUCAGGUGGACGAGCUAUUCUCCGACAGCACUGAUGUCUUCCAGGAGCUGAUCGCUGUAAAGAGACACCUGGCAGAGAAGAUGACAGAGUGCCAGUCUGCCCUGCACAACAUCCAGUCCUCUCUGGGCACGCUCAGUAUGCCAGGAGACCAGGCCCGGAUGCAGGAUCUGUGUGAGCAGCUACAGGCCCAGGAGGAGCAGGCAGGGUCAGUGCUGAAGGAGGUGGGUCUCAUGUCCAGUGUGGCCAGCCCCCAGGUGCUACAGACCCUGUCUAUAGACUGCACCAGGCUCAGAGAGAACAUCUCACACACCAAAUGCAUGAUCCACCAGAAACGGGAGGAGGGAGAACAGGGCCUCAUCAAGGUCAUCAAAAAUGAGAGCCAUUUGUUUGAAGAGUGGUUCCAGGACCUACAGUUGUCUGUGAACGAGUGCUUUGAGAACCCAGUGUGUAAACAGGACGUGGAGGCCUCCAUGAAAAGACUGGCUUGUUUCCUGGCGUCUAAGGAUGGUGACAAGCGUCUGGGUCAGGUGAGAGAGCACCUGGAGAGAGGCAGAGAGCAGGUUCCGCCAGAGCAGCUGGCCCACCUGAAAAGCUGGCUGGGGGAGCAGGAGAAGGAGCUGGCCACAUUCAGAACCCACUGUCAGGGCAGACAGAGCCAGCUGGACACUGUCCUCAGAACCCUCAACAGUCUACAGCAGGAACAUGAGCGUUUCUAUGACUGGCUUCAGGCCUGGGAACACAAGUCAGUGGAAGGAGAACAAGUCAACAACUUUCUCAAAGACCUCCACACAGAAAGUGAGAGAGUAGAGGCCCUCAGUGAGCUGUGUUCAUCGGUGCGGAGGCAGGGUCUGAGAGGGGACAGCCUGCUGACUGACACUGACGACCUCCUGCAGCGCCACCGGUGCCUGGAGGCCAGACUGCAGCAGCAGGCCGAGACCCAGAGAGUCCUGGAGGAGACCAGUAGAAGGUUUGAUACCCAGACUGACAGCACCAGGACCUGGAUUAGAGACCAGCAACAACGACAGCAUCACCAGAUCCAGAAAGAGGAGAGAAUACACACAGCACAGGCCAUUCUCAGUUCGAGACCUGAGGGAGACUCUAAGCUGCAGGACUUGAGGAGAAAAUGUCAAAGUCUGUGUGAACAUCAGGACCUGGAGGAGAGCAGGAGACGAGAGGUUCAGCAGACAGUCAGAGACAUGGAGGAGGAGUGGAGGAGAGUCCUGCAGACUGCUGAGGAGACUCUUACCAAAGCUGAGAUGCAGAGUGCUAUCGAAGGCCAGCUGAGAGUUUUUGACUCCCAGACAGAGAGUACCAGGACCUGGGUCAGAGACCAGCAGCAGCAACUCCACUCUCUGGGCAACCAGGCCAAGACUGAGGACCAAAGACACACAGCACAGACCAUCCUGAGCUGCAGACCUGAGGGAGACUCUAAGCUGCAGGACUUGAGGAGACGAGGUCAAAGUCUGUGUGAACAUCAGGGCCUGGAGGAGAGCAGGAGACGAGAGGUUCAGCAGACAGUCAGAGACAUGGAGGAGGAGUGGAGGAGAGUCCUGCAGACUGCUGAGGAGACUCUUACCAAAGCUGAGAUGCAGAGUGCUAUCGAAGGCCAGCUGAGAGACUUGGAAACCCAGAAGGAGAACUCCAGGGUCUGGAUCAAAGGCCAAAAUCAACGCUUACUUUCUUUGGGCAGCCAGGCCAAGACAGAGAACAGAAUACAAACUGCACAGGCCGUCCUGAGUUCCAGACCUGAGGGAGACUCUAAGCUGCAGGACUUGAGGAGACGAGGUCAAAGUCUGUGUGAACAUCAGGACCUGGAGGAGAGCAGGAGACGAGAGGUUCAGCAGACAGUCAGAGACAUGGAGGAGGAGUGGAGGAGAGUCCUGCAGACUGCUGAGGAGACUCUUACCAAAGCUGAGAUGCAGAGUGCUAUCGAAGGCCAGCUGAGAGACUUGGAAACCCAGAAGGAGAACUCCAGGGUCUGGAUCAAAGGCCAACAUCAACGCUUACUUUCUUUGGGCAGCCAGGCCAAGACAGAGAACAGAAUACAAACUGCACAGGCCGUCCUGAGUUCCAGACCUGAGGGAGACUCUAAGCUGCAGGACUUGAGGAGACGAGGUCAAAGUCUGUGUGAACAUCAGGACCUGGAGGAGAGCAGGAGACGAGAGGUUCAGCAGACAGUCAGAGACAUGGAAGAGGAGUGGAGGAGAGUCCUGCAGACUGCUGAGGAGACUCUUACCAAAGCUGAGAUGCAGAGUGCUAUCGAAGGCCAGCUGAGAGUUUUUGACUCCCAGACAGAAAGUACCAGGACCUGGGUCAGAGACCAGCAGCAGCAACUCCACUCUCUGGGCAACCAGGCCAAGACUGAGGACCAAAGACACACAGCACAGACCAUCCUGAGCUGCAGACCUGAGGGAGACUCUAAGCUGCAGGACUUGAGGAGACGAGGUCAAAGUCUGUGUGAACAUCAGGGCCUGGAGGAGAGCAGGAGACGAGAGGUUCAGCAGACAGUCAGAGACAUGGAGGAGGAGUGGAGGAGAGUCCUGCAGACUGCUGAGGAGAUUCUUACCAAAGCUGAGAUGCAGAGUGCUAUCGAAGGCCAGCUGAGAGACUUGGAAACCCAGAAGGAGAACUCCAGGGUCUGGAUCAAAGGCCAACAUCAACGCUUACUUUCUUUGGGCAGCCAGGCCAAGACAGAGAACAGAAUACAAACUGCACAGGCCGUCCUGAGUUCCAGACCUGAGGGAGACUCUAAGCUGCAGGACUUGAGGAGACGAGGUCAAAGUCUGUGUGAACAUCAGGACCUGGAGGAGAGCAGGAGACGAGAGGUUCAGCAGACAGUCAGAGACAUGGAAGAGGAGUGGAGGAGAGUCCUACAGGAUGCAAAAGAGGCGCUGGAUCGGGCUGAGGUACUAGAAAAAGAGCUGAGAGCUUUUGAAACCUGGAAGGAAGGCACUUGGGUCUGGGUGAAAGACCAGAAACAACAGCUACACUCUCAGAGCAGCCAGACCAAGACUGAGGAGAGACUACAUACCGCACAGGCUGUCCUGAGUUCCAGAUCUGAGGGAGACUCUAAGCUGCAGGACUUGAGGAGACAAGGUCAAAGUUUGUGUGAACAUCAGGACCUGGAGGAGAGCAGGAGACGAGAGGUUCAGCAGACAGUCAGAGACAUGGAGGAGGAGUGGAGGAGAGUCCUGCAGACUGCUGAGGAGAUUCUUACCAAAGCUGAGAUGCAGAGUGCUAUCGAAGGCCAGCUGAGAGACUUGGAAACCCAGAAGGAGAACUCCAGGGCCUGGAUCAAAGGCCAAAAUCAACGCUUACUUUCUUUGGGCAGCCAGGCCAAGACAGAGAACAGAAUACAAACUGCACAGGCUGUCCUGAGUUCCAGACCUGAGGGAGACUCUAAGCUGCAGGACUUGAGGAGACGAGGUCAAAGUCUGUGUGAACAUCAGGACCUGGAGGAGAGCAGGAGACGAGAGGUUCAGCAGACAGUCAGAGACAUGGAAGAGGAGUGGGGAGAAGUUCUUAAGGCUGCAAAGGAGGUGGUGGAUAAGGCCGAGGCUCAGAGUGUCAUAGAGAGGGAAAUGAUUGAAUAUGUUACCCAGAAGGAAAGCAUUCAGGCCUGGGUCAGAGACCACAAGCAACGCCUACACUCUCUCGGCAGCCAGAGCCAGACUGAUGACAGAAUAAACGUAGCACAGGCUGCCCUGAGUUCCAGACCUGAGGGAGACUCUAAGCUGCAGGACUUGAGGAGACGAGGUCAAAGUCUGUGUGAACAUCAGGGCCUGGAGGAGAGCAGGAGACGAGAGGUUCAGCAGACAGUCAGAGACAUGGAGGAGGAGUGGAGGAGAGUCCUGCAGACUGCUGAGGAGGCUCUGCGUCAGGCCCAGGUGUGGUAUUCUCUCUCCAGGCAGCUAGAGGCCUUCCAGGCCCUGGAGGAGAGCAGCAGAGCCUGGUUCCAACUGCAGCAGCAGAACACACACUCCCUGGGAACAGGCACCCGGGGCAGCAAGGAAGAAAUCCAGGACAGGCUGCAGAGAGCAACGGCUGUCCUGAGUUCCAGACCUGAGGGAGACUCUAAGCUGCAGGACUUGAGGAGACAAGGUCAGAGUCUGUGUGAAAGCCAGGACCUGGAGGAGAGCAGGAGACUAAAGGUUCAGCAGACAGUCAGAGACUUGGAGGAGGAGUGGGGAGAAGUUGUACACAAUGCUGAGGUGGUGCACAGACUGUUGCAAGGUGUGGUGGAACGCCUGGUGACCUGUCAGUACCAGAAGUGUCAAGCCCAGUCCUGUCUGGCUGAGGUCCAGCACCAGACAGCAGAGCUGCCCCGUCACUUCCCCUGGCCUGGGCUGGGAGACCGGGGGCAGGCUGUGGAGACGGCCAGGACCCUGCUGGAUAAAACCAGGAACCUGGCCCCAGCCCUGUCUGUCCUCCACACCCAGGGCAAGGAAAUGUUCCAGCUUACCCAGGACCCCAGCUGGACAGACCUCUUCUGGGCCACCAUGGAGGAAUGCAUCCCUGCCCUUCUCCAAGAACUGACGGAGGCCUGUGUGAGGAUGGAGGAGGGCAUCCACAUGGAGAGGCACUGUGCCCAGCUAGUGGAACAGCAUGGGGCAGCCCAGGACUGGCUGAGGGAGCAUGUGAAGGGUCUGGGCCCCCAGCCCACAGACAGACAGGCUCUACACAGCUAUGCCAACACCCUGAAGGCCCUGCUCCAGACUGUCGACAGGGAGGAGAGGGAGAUGAGGGAGCUGGACGCAAUCCGAGACACCCUGCUGAGCCACUGCACCCCUGCCGGUCGUGACACCCUGACCCUGGAGGUCAGCCACCUCCACGACCUCCUCACUUCUUCUGAGAGGGAGAUGACGGAAAGGCUGGCAGGCUGCGAGGCCCAGCUGAAGGAGCUGGAUGUGAAGAUGGCCAAGAAGGCCCAGGGCCUGAGGGAGAGGGCCAAAGCCCUGCAGUGGGAGCUCCGUUCUCUGGACCAGGCCCUGAGCUACAGCGAGCCACACCCCAACAUAGCCCAGCUCCAGCAGCACUGGCACAGCCUCAAGAACUGCGAGAGGUCAUUGGAGGGGUUAGGGCUUAAAGUUCAUGACAUGCGUCAGGCUGCCAGAUCUGCAUCCACAGAGGAGGACCUUCCCGCUGAAGUCAUCUCCAUAAUGGAGUUACUGAGCCAGCAGCACGACAGUCUGAAGACCAGGUUGGGUGAGAGGCAGAGCUGCUGCACUGAGAACACAGCUCGCUGCCUCACAGCCUCUGUUCAGCUUCUGCAGCAGUGGAACCACUCCUCACCCACACGGACAGCCCCCUCCAUCCAGGCUGCAUUAGAGGAGGGUGUGCAGUUCCAAAAGGCCCUGAAGGAGGUGCUGUCUCACAGACAGUUCCUGGUGGACUGCCUGAAGCCUGACCAAGCAGACAGACUGGAGAAAGACACCACUGCAACACUCAGGGAUGCAGACACACACAGCAUAUUUCUCACCAAGACUCUGAAAGAUGUAGCUGAGAAGAGUAAACAGAAAAUAGAUGUGACUCAGCCCGUUGCUGUCACCUCAGUCCAGACAGAAGACAAACCAGCCGCACCACCUAGGAGGACAGCCAAGACCAAGCAGACUCCCACCCAGGAGAGUCAGCAAGCUACACCACAGUUGCUUCUCCAUAUCACAGAGACAAUCAUACCACAGCCACUCCCCCCUGUCACAGAGAAAAUCAUACCACAGCCACUCCCCCCUGUCACAGAGAAAAUCAUACCACAGCCACUCCCCCCUGUCACAGAGAAAAUCAUACCACAGCCACUCCCCUCUGUCACAGAGAAAAUCAUACCACAGCCACUCCCCCCUGUCACAGAGAAAAACAUACCACAGCUACUCCCCACUGUCACAGAGAAAAUCAUACCACAGCCACUCCCCCCUGUCACAGAGAAAAACAUACCACAGCCACUCCCCCCUGUCACAGAGAAAAACAUACCACAGCCACUCCCCCCUGUCACAGAGAAAAACAUACCACAGCCACUCCCCACUGUCACAGAGAAAAACAUACCACAGCCACUCCCCCCUGUCACAGAGAAAAUCAUACCAGUCAAACAAGAGACUUCAGCUGUCACUGCCAUGGUGCAUACUGAAGCCCCAAGUUCAGGGUCUGUCAUGACACAAGAACUGGCAAAGGAGAAUAAAACUGCUGUCACACAGGUGCCAAAAGCUGCAGUAGAGCCUAAACAGAGCACGAUAGUGACCACUCGAUCGGUUGAAACCGACAUAACUUCCACCACCAUCCAAAUACAAGAUACCAAGAGUCGAUCGUCUGAGACCCUGAUGACAGAGAGAACUGCAGUCAAGGAGCACGGUGAUACUCAUGUUACAAGAGUAGAGACUACAACUGUGAAGACGGUUAGUCAGGCAACUGACCAGAUAGACCAGGGCCUUGAUCAGGAGACAUCUUUGACAGAUGCCCUACGCUCACAGCAUGCUUACGUUGACUCUGAAAAACAAUGUAGUCAUGACGACACACAAGUAAAACAAUCUCAGGUAAAACAAGCUCACGUCCCUGACAAAAAAAGCCAAGUGUGUUAUGAUGUCGACACACCGCAGCCACUAGAGAAGAAAUUGUCCUCUGUCAUUCUGGACACUGACACUGUGUAUGUGCAGACACCAGAGAUGUGGCCACUGAUGAGCAGUGACACGGCACUUAACAUAUCCUCCGGAGCAGUAGUGCUUGAUACUGACAAAAUGGACUCGGACACUCAGUCCACCAGUCACAGUCCACAGCAGACAGAAUCACAGGACUCCACGGUAAGGCCCAGUGAACACCCUGAGAAUAGGCUUCCUCAGUCCCAGCCGGACAGAGCUGUGGAGAACAAGGUCAAGUAUGACACUGAGGAGUUAUGGAAGGACAGCAAGACUGAGACUGAACAACCAGACCUUAUACUGGACUUGCCUGAUGUGGCUCAGCCCACUGCUGUUGCCUCUUUCCAGGCUGUAGUCAAAGCACCACCCCCGUCCACACCACCUCGUAACAAGAGAAAAGCCAAGCGCCAGCAGGCCCAGCCCUCUAACACACAGCCUGCUGUGGAGAACAGGGUCAAGUAUAACACUGAGGAGUUAUGGAAGGACAGCAAGACUGAGACUGAACAACGAUACAUUGUACUGGACCUGCCCACAGUGAGCGAUGUGGCUGUACCUCCUGCUGUCACCUCAACCCAGACGGAGGGCAAAGCAAAGGCACCAUCCACACCACCUCGUAACAAGAGAAAAGCCAAGAGCCAGCAGGCCCAGCCCUCUGACACACAGCCCAACACAGCUGUGGAGGACAGUGUCAAGUAUAACACUGAGGAAUUAUGGAAGGACAGCAAGACUGAGACUGAACAACGAUACAUUGUACUGGACCUGCCCACAGUGAGCGAUGUCCAGAAAGAGCAUGUUGCUACUGCUGUCACUUCAAUCCAGACAGAAGACAAAGCUAAAGCACCAUCCACAUCGCCUCGUACCACGGAGACAGCCAAGAGCCAGCAGGCCCAGCCCUCUAACACACAGCCUGCUGUGGAGAACAAAGACAAGUAUAACACUGAGGAGUUAUGGAAGGACAGCAAGGAUGACACUGAACAACGAUACAUUGUACUGGACCUGCCCACAGUGAGCGAUGUGGCUGUACCUCCUGCUGUCACCUCAACCCAGACAGAGGACAAAGCAAAGGCACCAUCCACACCACCUCGCACUAAGAAGACAGCCAAGAGCCAGCAGGCUACAACCCAGGCCCUUCUACCCCAGGCCUCUAACAUACAGCCCGACACAGCUGUGGAGAACAGGGUCAAGUAUAACACUGAGGAAUUAUGGAAGGACAGUAAAACUGAGACUGAACAACGGUACAUUGUACCGGACCUGCCCACAGUGAGUGAUGUCCAGAAAGAGCCUGUUGGGAAAGAGGACAAACCAAAAGCACCAACUCCACCAGCACCUUCCGCAUCACCCCUGACCUCUGAGAUAAGUAAACAGAAGGCUGAUGUGGCUGUACCUCUUGUUGUCACCUCUAUCCAGACACAAGUCGAACCAAAAGCACCAGUACCAUCCACACUGCCCCGGACCAAGAAGACAGCCAAGAGCCAACAGUCUCCCACCCAGGACAGUCAGCAAGCUAAGCCACUGUCACACACCCCUGUCAAAGAGAAAAUCAUACCAGUCAAACAAGAAGCUUCAGCUGUGACUAAACCGGAGAGCAAGGUAAUCGGUUCUGAUCAACCCAGUCAAACAAAGACACACGUCACUAAGACAGUGCAGUCAGAGAAAGCAGAGACAGUGUGGACUGAAAUUGACAUAUCUCAGGCAGAGGUUAGCAAAGCAUGCCUACCACAGACUCAACCAGAACCCUCCAAUGCAACGAGUGACAGAGCUAUUGAGGUUGAGGAUAAAGGGACCUGGGAAGAGCAUGCUAAAGAGUGGAGAAGUGAACAUGACCAAUGUGAGGUGCAAGAAAGGCUGACCGAACCAAAGGUGAAGUUGGAGGCUACUGCCCAAACAGACAGAAAACAGUCAGCUAAAUUCGAAAGUGAGAGUCAGUCAGUGAGUGAAAAACAGCCAAAGAGAGAUGCUGCCCAACCAAUCAAACAACAUGGAGCUACAGCUGCAACUGAGAGCACCAGAAAAGAAGACAGGGAGAGCAGCACUAAAGGCCAGCCAGAGAAGCUUCUUAAGUUUUUGUACAAGAAGUGUUUUGGGAAUCUGCGCCCAGGCCAUGUUGCUAUGGCAACAGAGAGCACAGAGAGGGCAAAGCCGGAUGGCAGUGACUUGCCACAGCAACAGGUGUGCUACACAGAGAAGCCAGAAGCUCCUGUUGAGGCAGAAGUCCCCGUUGUAAAGAAGGAGACUCUAACCCCAGACCCUUUUGUGAAAAAAGAGACCCCAGCUGUACCAGAAGGACCCACCAUGCAGGACAUCUUCACUGACAUCCAGCGCCUGUCACAAACUGGACCAACGAGCAUUCUCAUUGAGAUGAAACCUUGUGAGGACCCCAUGAGGAUUCUGAACACGUCUCUGGCUGACCUGCAGGCUCGUCUGAGCAGGCUGGUGGUCAGGGUACUGGGCUGCAGAAACCGCCCUGCAGACCUCAGCCCCGCAGCCAUGGCUUUGCAGGUGGAGGAGGCCGAGGAAUGCAGACAGGCUGCUCAGACCCAGGUGUCUGUGUUCUCCCAGCCCAGAGAGGCUCAGACUGCAGACCGGGAGGCCUUUGAGCAUAUGGAGAGCCAGUGGGGCGCAGCAGUAUGGGAUGCCUCGGAAGCUGUCCACUGUAAGGAGGCCCAGCUGCAGCUGGUCACUGAGGCGGACAGGCAGACACAGACAGUCAAGGCCACUCUGGAGAAACUGUCUGCAGAGCUGGAGGCCCUCACAACAUCCCCAGUGGAGAGCAGCUCUGCAGAAGCUGAGGAGCUAUGUUCCUUUCUGCGGGGUAUGGAGGAGGACAGGACCGUCAUGGGGGAGCUGACCCUCACUCUCACCAAGCUGUCCCCCCACCUGAACCAGGCAAAGCGAGCUGCUGCACAGAUCCAGCAGAUAGGCCUGCAGGAAGAGUGGAGGUCACUAGAGAGGGCUUCAGAGAAGACCCUGUACUGUGUCAAUGGCUAUGCCAGGGAAACCAGCAGCCUUCUCGCAGAGAUCUCCUCUCUUCAGGAGCAACUGGAGGUCAUAGGAAAGGCUACAGGCUCACCCCAUUCCACUACAAUCCAGUGGGACAGCAAGAGGGCCCAGGAGCUGAUGAUGGUGAAUGCUGAGCUGACUGCAGCUCAGCAGAAAUGCCUCUACCUGCAGCAGGGCUCAGAGGCUCUGGCCCACAGCUCCCUAUAUGAGAAGGAGGCGAGGCAGAUAGAACAGGGGCUCCAACAGGUCAAGGAGCAGCUGGAUCGUGUUGGAGAGCAGGUGUCCUCUCAGACCCCCAGCAGUGACAACCCUAUCAUGAAUAAGAUCCACAAGGUAAUGAUGGACGCCUUUGCCUGGGCCAAGCAGAUGGAGAGCGACAUUGAGGGCCGGAGGAGUAAGGUGGCCCUGCUCCCUGAGGGGGUCCAUCGGCAGAUCAAAGACCUGAAGAAGCUGCAGUGGGAGAUGGCGGCCAAGCAGGCCCAGCUGGAGGCCCUGGUGGAGGAGGUGGAGGAGCUGCUCCCAGAGCUGGACCAGGCUGAUGAGGUCCCCAUGGUGCACUCCUCCCUGGUCAGCCUGGAGAGUUUGUCCAGGUCCACCACAGAGAAGCUAGCCAAGGCUGUGAAGGAGAUGGAGUCAGGCUUGCAGACUAGAGAGAAUAUGUCAGAGCAGAUAGCAGACCUGGACUCCUGGGUGGUGGGUCACCUCCAAAGAGAAGCCUCCAGGAGGGAAGAGGGGGAGGGCCAGAGUUCUAAAGACCUGGAUCGCCGAGUCAGACAGAUUCAGGAGACCCUGGUAGAGGCGGAGAAACAGGCUGCUGUGUCCGAGGCUCUUCUCAUGAGGAGCAGAGACAUUGCCUCUGAGCUCAGCAUCACAGAGAACUGCCUCCUCAAUGAGAAACUCACAAACCUCCAGGAGGACAUCAAGAGCAUCAUCAGCUAUGAGAAAGCUAACCAGCAGGAGCUGGAGGAACUCCUUCAGACUCAAGACGCAUCUAGGCAGAAGGUGACCACGGUGGAGAAGAGCCUGAGACAGAUGCUGGUGGACCUAAACAGACACAGGUUCCCGGUCACCAGGGAGACUCUAAGCACCAUUGAGCCGUUUAAACACAUGAUCAUGGAGCACAAGUGCCAGGUGGACAAGCUGCAGCCCUUCAUCCCUGAGGAGAAGAAACAAGAGCUGCUGUGUGUCAUUUCCCAGUUGCACUGCAAAAUGAGCACGCUGAAUAUGAAGGCCAAAGAACACGAGAGGUACCUCACCUUCAGGCAGUGUGUGGAGGAACUGCGGGAAAAUGUGGAGGAGCAGGUCCUCCAGACCAAGGAGGAGAACAGGGGGAAGGAGGAGAGGUACACGACCGGUCAGGUCAUCCUCACUCAGCUCCCUCUGAUAAAGAGACUGUGUGAGGAGGCCGCCGAUGAGCUGCAGAGCAUCUCCCAGGAUCUCUAUCCCUCACAGCUGUCUGCAGAACAUGGGCGGCUUAAGCAGAACUUGGAGAGCUUCCAAACCUGGGAGAUGACUGUGAUCAACAACAUCCAGAUCCUGGAAUGGGGCCUGCUGAAGGAGGUGCACCUCCAGUCGGAGCAGAGAGCUGUGCUGGCCUUCCUAAGGGACAUCCAGCGGGAGCUGCAGCAACCAUGCCAAGUGGAGCCCACCGAGGAAGCCGUCGACAAGGAGCACUGGAGGAUUGUGACCCUGCGGAUGACCGUGGAGUGCAGACUGAGGGUGUUGAAGAUUCUAGAGCGCAAGAAAGGAACUAGGCAGCAGGAUGGAUCCCUGGAGUAUAGUGACCUGAUGGACCUGAAGAAUGCAAUCCUGAAUGAAUGUGACUUACGAAUGGAGAGCGUUUCCCAGGCACGGAAUUCUUUGAGAGACUACACUGGAGCUGUGAGUGGUGCUGUCAGGUUCCUCCAGGAGGCUGAGGCCCUGCUCCAUCCCUCAUUAGCCCCAGUAGGAGGUUGCCUUGAGAGGCUGAGAGACAUACAGCAGGCCCUGGCCUCCAUGGAGGAGCAGCUCCAUUCCCAUAUAAGCCAGAUCCAGACCCUGGCCCUCCAGCAUGACUACCUGAGCCCCCAGAUGGUGGAGCGUCUACAGAGGGAGGUGCUGAGCCAGUUCCUGGUGCGGAUGUCCACCCUCCAGGCCCAGGCCCAGCUCAAACUGGAGGCCCUGCAGAGGUGUGCUGAGUAUCACAGAAGGUAUAGGAAGUGCCAUGAGGAGAUCUGCCAGUGUGUAAAGAGCGCAGAGACCCAUCUCUCCUACUGUCACUCUCACAAAGUCAGCUCUCUCACAGACUGCACCGACCAGCAAGCUAAGCUAAAGGCUCUGUCUGAGGAGGUGGACUCUGUAACAGGGCUUCUAAAGUGUUUGGGGGAGUGGUGCCCGGAGCAGGGUUGCCGUUGCAGCAGGGAGGGGGCGGUGAGCACGCUCUGGAGGCAGGUGGCAAGACUGCAGCGUUGCACCCGCAAUCUGAAGACUCACUCAAAUCAGAGGGCAGACGAAUGGAGUGAUAUUACAAAGAGCGUGGAGCGAGCGUCCAUCAUGCUGGAGCAGGUGGAGGCUGAGCUGCCAAAUGACUCCAGGGAGAAGGUGUGUGGGGAAGAGCUGCAGGUGCUGCUGUUGUACUGGGACCAGUACCAGGACAGGCUAGACUGUGAGCACCGAGCUCUCUCAGCUCUCGAGCUCCGCAUCGCCAGACUGCUGGGCGUCCCCGCCCACCUGGAGCAGGCCCCGCCCAACCCGCUGUGUCAACAGUUGCAGGUCAUGCAGGACCGCUAUGACAGUCUGAAGGAGAAGAGCAUGCUGGGGCGGUGUGUGGUGCGGACGGAGGUGGAGGAGAGGGACAAGGUGAGGGAGGAGCUGAGUGGGGUGAAGGCGUGGCUGGUGACUGCAGAAGACCUCCUGUCACAGCUGGAGCAGUGUCCCAACACACAUAAGCUACAUGAGGUUCACACCCAGCUGUGUACCCAGAAGGCAGUGCUGCAGCGCAUCAUGGAUGGUCUGAGGAUGAAGUACUCGGACAUGUACACCCUGGUUCCCGUGGAGAUAGAGGGACCGCUACAGGACGUGACACACUCACUGCAGGAAGUAGAGGAGAAGGUAGGGGAUGUAAUGGAGAAGAGCGGUCCCCUGCACAGACUGGGAGCCAAGGUGUCUGAGAUCAAGGCUGGUCUGGGAUCAGUGCAGGACAAACUGCAGCAGAGAAGCACCUCUCUUUCGGAGGCAGAAAGCACACAGAAGCGUGUGUGGGACGAGCUGGACAUGUGGCACUCCCGUGUGGCAGCGUUGGAGGUGGAGGUGCAGGAUCUGGAACAGGCUGAGGAGGCCCAGGUCCUCACAGAGAGCCUGACGGAGGCCCAGCUGCUCCACUCACACAUGGCCAAGCAGGCAGAGCAGAGGACCGCCUUCCUCAGCAAGAUCAGCACAUGGUUACAGGAGCAUGAUGAGAUGAUCAACAGCUCCAACAGUUGGCUAACUGAGGCUCAGUCCUGGCUCACUGCUCCCUGUACCUACACUACAGCCAAAGAUUUGGCCAGCUACGUCCACGCACUACAGAUGGUGCUGGAUGACUCUCAGCAGAUCCGCAUCACUUUGCAGGGCUUUGUGUCCGUGCUGAAGGAGAUCUCCCUGGUGUGUGACAUCACAGCGCAGCAGGAGCAGCUGGCCGAGGCUGACCGCCUUGUGGCCACUGUGCAGCAGGGCUUUGUGGCUCCACUCUCCCAGCUAGACCAUGCCGCCGCCGAGGUGGAAGCUAUAGAGACGGAGGUGAAGAUGAUGGAGAAGGACGUCACUGAGAUCAGGACGUUGUUAUCGUCCCCUGACACUCUUCCCAGCCCCAGAGAGGAGAGCCUGAAGGUGUGUGUGGACAGGAUCCAGUCUUUGCGGAUGACCAUAGCAGAGAUCCAGAGCUGUAAGCCAGGCCUGUGUCUGCCAGAGAAGGCUGAGGAGACCCUCACUGUCUUUCAGAGAGUGGACCAGCUCCAACAGCAGCUAGAAGAGCUGGAGAAGAUGGUUCCAGGGGAGUUCAUAGUGAAGAAACAGACACUCACUUUACCGCCAGUGAAGGUCCCUGCUCCUAGCCCAACUGUACCCACCUCUUCCACAGAGAAUGUUUCUGUGCCCAGCUCAACAUUACCAGCCACUGAGGAAGCAGACGUGAGAUCCUUCCCCACAGCCACACCGCUGCAUGGGUCACCUCCACACUAUAAUGACCCUCAGGAGAAUGGAGUGGAGCAGGGCCAGAUCCAGAUAGUCCAUGUAGAGGAAGACACCCUGAAGUCUUCUCCUGAACAGAGACUCAGCUGGGGAACGGAGAAGAGUCGGGACCCUGAGGCUGCAGCAGAAGGGAACCAUGCUGCAGCUGAGGAAGAAGGGGGAAGCACAGCCAUGGAUCAGAGUCAGGACACAACUGAACAGGACCUCUCUGUAGUGGGUCUCUCGGUCGCCUCAGGAACAAGUGUGUCCGAAGCUUUAUCAAAACCUGUGGGCACAGUCAGAACACAGUCUCUGUCUGAAAGCAUGGAGCUCAUGGGACAGAGGGGGCUUGCAUGGAGGGGGGAUGACAGCCACCCAGAGGGGCUGAAGACACACAUCAGAGACACACACACACACCCAGGGGGCUCACCUGCUGCACAUAUACUCACAGAGGAUGUACAGACACUCACUGAGGUCACAGUGGACACAAGUGUCCCCAAAGACAUCCAGACAGUAACUCCAGUCAUUUUACCAACGAUGAGGCUGUCAAAGGUGGAUAGUAGGCUGGUGUUAUCUGAGGCAGGGCAGGCCUGUCUGGUUCAGCCACCCUCUGAGAAUGCUCUGGUUGUUCCAGAGCAGAGGCCCACAGUGCCCCAGCCAAUGCCCAGAAAGAAAAAAAGCGCACCUCAGACAGGUUUGCUCACGGCACCAUCCCAGCCUAUAGAAAUGGCACUCAAUGUAUCCACUGGACAGACACACACAGCCUCUGAUCUCACACACCAGACACCUGUGCAAGUUGAGGCAUCUACCCCUCUAGCAGCACCUGAGGAGACACCCACGACCACCACCACCCUGGGCGUGGUCAGCACACACACUGUCCCCCAGACCACACUCAAACCAACCGAAGAGGACAUGGAGGGUGUGCAUCCAGCAGCAACCCUGGCCCUAGGGGUGUUCCCAGCCCCAGCCUUGACUGGGCCCUGCCCCACUCUGGAGGUGCUUAAUGCCUACAGUGAGCAGGCCACCCAGCUAGAGGUUUGGCUGGAGAGAGCCCAGCACACCCUUGGAGUGCUGGAGCGGGCCGCCACUGCCAGCAUGCAGGACAGUGUGGAGCAGCAGCUCCUCACGUGCCAGGAGAUGUUCCUGGAGAUAGAGCAGAAGGUAGCCAGUCUGUCUGUCCUGGAGCAGCAGGAGGGCUCAGCAUGGUCCCACCAGGAGGCUGAGGCCCUCUCCUCCAAACUGGAGCUGCUCAAGACCAGCCUGGUCACCUUCCAGCUGUUGUUGCAGGAGAGACAGAGCCACGAGCAGAUGCAUACCAGCACACAUACAGAGGCGCAGGUGCCGUCACCGUCACCGUCAUCACCCAGAAAGCUUCCUCUAGAGGGCAGACUGCAGCGUAGCGGCAGUGUCCAGGAGAUUCUCUCUUCCUCCAAGAGCAAACUCUUUAGACAGACCAGCUUUCAACAGCAGAAGGAAUUGGAGCAGGAGCUGAGUGAGCAGAGAGGCCUGACCAAGGCUAUCGCCCAGCAGGGGAGUAGAGGUCGUCUCCACAGCCAGGCCCAAAAGGAUCAACCUGAGCCAUCCACACGAGUUCCUGUUGAACCUGAAGGAGGGGGGGAGGCAGGGGUCCAAAGGAAGUGGACACACCUUCACAACCAGCUUCUGGCCUUGGAGCAGACUGCACAGCAAGGUCCUUCUGAUGGGACAGACUCAUCUGUGAGUCAGAGCAAUGGAUCAGCCAGUAGUCUCAUUGACUCCCACAGCAUUCAGGACAUACAGACACACAUAUGUCGGCUGCGGGAGCUGGGCCAGACUGCCAGUGAGGUGGUGACUCAGUCUGUGCUGGAUGAGGAGGUUCAUCAGAGGCUGGAUGAGGGUCUGUUUGAGGUGCUAUGUGGGGUGGGCCUAUCUCUGUCCUCACUGACCCGGCUCCUGCAGUCCCCCUCAGGGAAGUCACACGAGGACACACAGCUCCAGCUGAUGCAACUCGAGACUCUGGCAGCAGAGCUGGUGACCCUGGGUGGUGAGCUGACCUCCCAGGGGUCAGAGGUAAUUGGUGUUUUGGGGUCAGGUGGAGGUCAUCUGUGUGUGGAUCACCUAGGUAAACUCCUGCCUGUGGUCCAGAGCAGUCUGGCUGCCAGAGAGAAGCAGCUGCAGGCCCAGCUGGAGAAGACAGGCCAUCACCAGACACUCUUAAAAGAGUUGCAUGCAGCCCUUCUUGCUAAUAAGUUGGCCGUACAACAAAUGACUAACGAAGCUGUCCCUCAAGACACUUGCAAGCAGCUACAGGCUGUGGUGCAGGUCCAGGGAGAGCUGCAGCUUCAGUCCAGCCAGGUGUCCUCCCUGCAGGAGAGGGCAGAGAGACAGGGUCUGCCCUCCACACUCAUAGAGGAGGCCUACAAGCUGGAGGUUGUGCUGGAAAGUGUGUUGGGCUCUGUGGGCGCCAGACGUGAGGAGCUGAGGGCCAGUGUGGAUCUCCAGCAGCAGUUUGAGAGGCUGCUACAUGGCCUGGAAGUGCUGGUCACCCUGGGCUCAGAGCGUCUCUCACAGAGGCCUGGUCUGGAGCUCCACACCAGGACUGAGCUACAGGACUGCCUUAGCACACAUUCGAAGUUCUUCCAGUUCCUGGGGAUCCACCUGGGGACCCUGCAGCACCUAUCCACAAGAGUCGCAGAGAGCACCCUCCAGAGGUGGGAGGGAGGGAUGAGGGGCCUCCAGGAGAGGGUGACCCAACUGCAGCAGCAGGCCCUGGAGAGAGGCACCAGGAUGCAGUGGAUAUUACAGAUAUGGACACAGUGGGAGGAGGAAAGUACCAGUCUGGACACCCUGCUUAGGGAUAUGGACGCUGGCCUGUCCAAGAUGCACCUGGAGGAGGACUCAGUGGCACAGAUUUGCGAGAAACUCUCUGUCUAUCAGAAAAUGAGAGCAGUCCUGGAUGAGAGUGGGGCAAAGUUCAGCCGGAUGCAGGAGCAGGGGAGGUGGCUGAAGGAGGCGGGUUGCCAAGGGGUGGGUGUGUUUGGGUGUGGCCUGGAGGCUCGCUGGACCACCUUUCACUUCAGGCUGGAGCAACAACGAGUCAGCACAGAUAGGAACAGGAAACUGUGGAGCAGGUUUUCCCGUGACUUUGUGGCACUGAGCAAGUGGAUUGGUGGGGCCAGAGAACACAUCAACAGUUGGAUCAUUUUCACUCUCACAGCCAAUCAGGAGCGAGAGCUGAAACCCAUUCACUCCCACCUUAACCAGUAUAUGGACUUCACCAAAGAGCUGGAGGUUAGGUCGGCUCUGAAGGCCUCAGUGAUCACCACUGGAACACAGUUACUGCAGCUGAGAGAGGCAGAGACGUCGCCAGAGCCCCAGUCUGUUGCGCCAGAGCCUUGCUCUGUACAGACCCAGCUCAGACAGAUAGAGCAGGACUGGGCUGGCAUUCUGUCUGAUAUACCUGCUGUGCAGCAGACUCUGCAUCAGUUGUUGAUGGAGAGGCUGUCCCCACAGGGGGCCUUGACAGAGCUGCUAGCCUGGGUUGGAGAGACUGAGGCCAGGCUGGAAGAGCAGCGGGAUAGGGUCCACCAAACCACCUCCACCAACGCGAACCUCAACCUAGUCCUUCAGAGCUUCAAGGUGUGUCAGGCUGAGAUAGCAGUCCGCCAGCUGACAGUGGACUAUGUCAACCAGUCGGAGUUGCAGACGAGCAGAGGGAGAUAUGAACACCCAGAUUAUGCUGAUGAGCUGGGAGGUCUUAACCACCGCUGGUUCAGUCUACAGGGCACCCUCAACAACCAGAUCCAGGAUGUUGAACAGGAGCUGAGGAUGUGCACAGAGAGAGAGGUCAGACUGCAGCACCACCACACCUGGCUCACCAGUCAGAGAGAGUGGAUGGGCUCAGCCCAGAGGCCCGUCAGUCACUCUGAGGUGGAGAAGAGCUUAAAAACCUGUGAGGGUCUGGAGGAGAAACUCUGGCUAAAUUAUACAGCUCUUCAAGAGUUGAGAGAGAAACACCACACAGGAAAAGAGGAUGGCACCUGUGCCUUCAUCACUCAGACAGAUGAUGUCAUUAAGGCCUGUACAGCCCUCAGUCAAGAGAACCCAGCUGUGCGACAGAGACUGAAACAGGUUUUGGAGCUGUGGGCUGGGUUUGAGAAAGGACUGAAUGAUGCAACACUGGACACAGUGAAGACCUGCCAGGCUAUGGAAUACAGCUGCUUCCCUCAGCUUUCUCUCCAGGCCCUGCAAGGACUCCAUGAAAAGCUCCAGCUUCUAAGGAAGGAGACUGAGGGGUGUGACUCAGAAUGGGACGGUCUGAUCCACACUCUCUCCAUCCUCAGGGACAUGAUCAGUCCUACGGCCACCUUCCUCAUGUCAGAGCAACUGGAUAGAGAGAGAACCAGGUGGAAUAAGGUGAAUCGUGAGCUGGAGAAUCACCUGAAUAGAACUCAGACACUGCUCCAGAUCUGGGGGGCUUAUGCCCGUCUCUCUGUACCUUUCUCCCAACGUCUGCAAACACUGAGGGGUGAUGUCACAGCUCUGAUGAACCAGCCACCUGGUCAGGACAACACUACACAACUGCUUGCAGCCCAGAUACAGGCCGUCCAUAGCCUGCGGGAGAGAACAGACCGUUUACAGACCGACCUGGAGGGGGUGCUAGAGGCCUCUAAGGAACUCAGUGGACGAGUGGAACCCUCGUCUGCCGUCUUCAUCCAAUCAGAGAGCCGUAUGCUAACCCGUGGUGUCCUACAUCUGAGCCAGUCACUGGCCGAUAAACUUGGGCAUCUCCAGGAAGAGCAUGAGCAGCUCCAGGAGUUUGAGAGUGUCUUGGCAUCCCUUGAGAAACACCUUGAGGACUGGGAGGGGAGACUGAAAAGUGUAACCGUGCCUCCACAAAUGUAUAUAUCCAAGAUGGGUCUGCUGGAGCUGAGUGGUUUCUCUCCUGACCUUGAUAUACUGAAUGAGCUGAGCUACAGGCUGACCCUCAGUGACCCUGCCACCCACAGACUACAGAGCCUCAACUGGAGCUGGGCUCAGGCCUCGGCCCGUGCUGUGGAGACCUACAGUGAGUUGCAGACAGAGUCACUGAGGCAACAGAGUUUUCAGGAGAAGUGUGAGAACUGGAUGGACUUCCUACAGACGAUGGAGGACAGCCUAGCAGUAGACCUGGCCAGUACCUACAGCGGCCUGAGAGAGCAGCUACGCACACACCAGAGGUUCCAGUUAGAGAUGUCUAUCGGUCAUCAGAUCCUGCACUCUGUCAUCAAUGAUUCUCUACGUCUGCUGCAGAGGGGAGACGUGGAUGAUAGGAGCGACUUUAUCCUGAAGCUGGCCCAGCUGAGGGAGCACUGGCAGGGGGCUGUGCAGAGGGCAGCUCAGAGGAGCUCCCUGGUGGAGGGGCUAGUCAAACACUGGCACCUCUACAGCCGCAGCCUCAGGAAGCUCCAGAGGUUCGUAGCAGAUGCCCAGGCCCUCCUGCCCCCCACAGGGCCAGCCCACUGCAGCCUGCAGCAGCUCCGAAGCUCCCUCUAUGACAUGAAGCACACGGAGCUGCUUUUCCAGAGGUACCAGUGCAGCUACAUCCACACUCUGGAGCUAGGCCGUCAGCUCUUCUCCAUGGGGGACGAACAGACUCAGGCACAGCUGCAGACCGAGCUGGCUACCCUGCAGGAGGACUGGGAGAACCUGCAAGGACUGCUGGAAAAGAGAAAGGACAUAACAAACGCUAUCAUUCAGAACUGGGAGCGCUGCGAGGCCAGACUAUCCUAUAGCAUGCAGCAGCUGGACACCAUGCAGACCGGACUGAAGCAGUCGAUCCCAGAACAUGACAAUGAGCUCCAAGUUACAGAGAAACUCACUAAGGAGGCUGAGAACUCACUGGAUGACUGGGCUGAGAGCCUGACUGAACUUGCCAGCAUGAAGACGGACCUGUCCCAGUACAUCAUUGCUGACGACGUGCUGCUACUCCAGGAACAGGUGGAGCACCUCCACUGUCAAUGGGAGGAACUCUGCCUCAAGGUCUCCCUACGCAAACAGGAGAUAGCAGACCGUCUCAACGCAUGGAUCAUAUUUAAUGAGAAAAACAAGGAGCUUUGUGAAUGGCUGACGCAGAUGGAAAACAAAGUAGCACACAAUGCCGACAUCAGCAUCGAGGAGAUGGUGGAGAAGCUGAAGAAGGACUGUAUGGAGGAGAUCAACCUCUUCAGUGAGAAUAAAACCCACCUGAAGCUGCUUGGAGAGCAGCUCAUCACCGCUAGCAACAAGACCAAGGAGACCGAGGUCAACGACAAGCUGAAGGACAUCAACGACCGCUGGCAGCACCUGUUUGAUCACAUAGAGACCAGGGUGAGGAAGCUGAAGGAGACUCUGGUGACAGUGCAGCAGCUGGAUAAGAACAUGAGCAACCUGCGGACGUGGCUGUCACGGAUCGAGGCCGAGCUGGCCAAACCCGUGGUCUACAGCGUCUGCCACAGUGAUGAGAUCCAGAGGAAGCUGGCUGAGCAGCAGGAUUUGCAGCGGGACAUUGAGCAGCACACGGAGGGCGUAGCGUCAGUUCUGACUCUCUGUGAUGUUCUUCUCCACGACGCUGACGCCUGCGGGAGCGACACAGAGAACGACUCCAUCCAACAGACCACCCGCAGCUUGGACCGUCGCUGGAGGAACAUCUGUGCCAUGUCCAUGGAGAGGAGGAUGAGGAUUGAGGAAACAUGGCGACUGUGGUGUAAGUUCCUGGAUGACUACUCCCGCUUUGAGGACUGGCUGAGGACAGCUGAGCGCACCGCGGCCAACCCUGUCUCGGCGGAUGUCCUCUACACCAGCGCCAAGGAGGAACUCAAGAAGUUUGAGGCUUUCCAGAGGCAGGUCCAUGAGAGGCUGACCCAGCUGGAGCUGGUCAACAAGCAGUAUCGCCGUCUGGCCAGAGAGAACCGCACCGACGCCUCCAGCAAACUCAAGGUCAUGGUUCACGAGGGCAACCAGCGCUGGGACAGCCUGCAGAAGAGGGUGGCCGCCAUUCUCCGUAGACUCAAGCACUUUACCUCUCAGAGGGAAGACUUUGAGGGCACACGGGAAGGUAUCCUGGUCUGGCUCACUGAGAUGGACCUGCAGCUAACCAACGUUGAGCACUUCUCAGAGAGCGACAUCGAGGACAAGAUGAGGCAGCUCAAUGGCUUCCAGCAGGAGAUCACUCUGAACACCAAUAAGAUCGAUGCUCUGAUCGUGUUUGGGGAAAACCUGAUCCAGAAGAGUGCUCCUCUGGACGCCGUGCUGAUAGAGGAUGAGCUGGAGGAGCUGCACUCCUACUGCCAGGAGGUGUUUGGCAGGGUGGCCCGCUUCCACCACCGCCUCAUCAACAGACGCCCGAUUCUGGAGGAGGAGCGGGACCUGUCUGACCGCGACACAGAUCUGGAGGACUCAGCGGAGCUGGCUGGAAGUUCCUGGGGGGAGGAAGAUGAAGAGGAAAAGGAGGAGGAUGAGUCCCGAGUGACGGGCGAGUUAUUGGGACGACAGGCCGGGUGCCGUCUCUUGGCCCCCCCUCUGGAGUGUUCGGGGCGAGAGACCCCGGUCAGCGUGGACUCUAUCCCCCUGGAGUGGGACCACACUGUGGACGUGGGGGGAUCUUCAUCCCAUGAGGAUGAGGAGGAUGCUACCUACUAUAGCGCCAUGUCAGAUGUAGAAAUCACUGAGAGCUCAGAGUCCUUUGUUAAGGCAACUGCCAAAGCAUUGAGAGCAGUCUCGGUGAAGUCGGUGACAGACCCCCCCAGCUGGCACUCCCCUGAGCCACAGGAGAGGAAACAUGUACCCAGGGACAUCAUCCUGGGCCUGGGCUCCUCUCCCACCCACAUCACCAGCACCCCCUUUCACCAGCAGGGCUAUGUCAAGCUGAUGUCAGAGUGCAGUGGCAGUAUCGACAGUGUGAAGAGGGUCAAACUGAUCUUAAAUAAUGAGGAGCUGGAGGACCAAGGCCUCACCACGUUAACCACCGCAGACAAACAGACUGGUGUGAUCGAGCGCUGGGAGCUGCUGCAGGCCCAGGCCCUCAGUGACGAGCUGUGCAUCAAACAGGACCUGCAGCAGUGGCAGAAGCUGAACUCUGACCUCAAUGAGAUCACUUCCUGGCUGGGCCAUGUGCUGCCAGAGCUAGAGAGGCUGCAGAGGCUGGCCCCGGCUACCAGCAUCCAAGACAUGGAGGGCAACAUCAGGAGACUCAAGGAGAUGCAGAAGACGUUCAACAGCUACAAGUCUCUGAUGAUCUCCAUCAACCUGAGUGGUCAGGACUUCCAGUGUGGGGACAGCGCUGAGCUGCAGGAGCUGCAGGAAGGCCUGAGGACAGCCAAUCACAGCUGGACACAGGCCUGCGUCGGCCUGGAGAGCUGGGAAGAACGACUGCAGAGCGCACUCAUGCAGUGCCAGGAGUUCCAUGAGACGCUGCACUCCAUGUUGCUGUGGCUGGCCAGGUCUGAGAGCACACACUACGCCGUCAACAUCCAUGACCGGUUUGCACAGCACUCUGUCCUGCUGGAGCACAGAGACACACUCAUGGCCCUGGAAGAAGAGUUGCAUGGGCGCCAGCGGCAGGUCUCCUCCCUUCAGGAGAUCUCCUCCCAGCUCCUCCUGGAGGCCACGGCCGAGGACAGCGUCGAGGCAAAGGAGAAGGUCCACGUUAUCGGCAACAAGCUCCGACUCCUACUGCGCCAGGUGGCCAAUGACCUGCACAUCCUGCAAGGAAGGCUGGUACGUCAACAUUGGGAAUCGUGUCCAACCAGCUCUGAGAUGGAUAGUGUUGCUCCGGGAUCGCUCAGCUCUCAACUCCAGCUGCAGAAGGAGAAAGCUGGAAUGAGAGCUGCAGGACUCCAAGACGCAGGCUGCAGAAAGGAGGAGAAGGGGGACUCUUCCUCAGCUCGGCCAUUCUUCUACAGGGUACUGCGUGCUGCCUUCCCCCUCCACCUGCUCUUCCUGCUGCUGCUGGUGCUGGCUUGCCUGGUGCCUCUGUCUGAAGAGGACUACAGCUGUGCCCUGUCCAACAACUUUGCCCGCUCCUUCUACCCCAUGCUGCGCUACACCAACGGCCCCCCGCCCACAUGAGACAGCAACAACACCCCCUCCCCUAACACUCACCGUCAUUUAAAGUCCCCAUUCACCACUGUCGGAAACGGCCCCGAAAAAACAGAGACUGGAGCCAAGCGUUCUGUUUCUCCACUCCAAAUGUUUUUUUGUUUUUUUAAAGUUGUCUAAAGUAAAUUUGAAUUUAGGUAUUUAUGUAUACAUAUUUAUAUUUAAUAUAUGUUGAGCGCUCAUGAAGUUACGUGGCUCUGAAAAUAAGAAAAUAAGCCAUAUCAUUGGUUUGAAGUAAACAUUUUUAUAUGUAGUGAAGAUGUUGAUUAUUAUCCCCAUCGAGUUGUUUUCCAAAUACAAAAAAAAUAUUUUAAAAGUUAUUUUGAUAGCUUUGUUUUUAUCAUUGCAGAUACUGUGUACUCAUAAUGGCAAACUGCAGUUGCUACCAAAGCAUCAGAGUACUGAGGAUAUUGAUCAUUACUGUUUCUACCAUUUUACUUAGGACAACCAAUUGUGGAUAGCACAUUUUUGUACAUAUCGACUGAAAACUAUUUUGUUUUUGUCUAUUUGAUUUAGAAUCAUGUACACUGUGAUAUGUCAUUUUCACUGAAUUAUGGUAGCGAAUCAACUGCAAACAUGCCUUGCUGUAGUCAGUGCUUUAGAAAAUGUUUUUGUUUAAAAAUAUUUUAUUUACACUAGUGUACCUAUGAUUUUGUGUGUAUGAGUGCAUUUGUACAUAAUGGCAAACUACUGACAAAGCAAUGGUAAAUUAUUGACAAUGUGUGUGUGCAUAUGUGAGUGAGUAACUCUAUCUCCCGCAGAGGCCUUGUGUGAUUGUAGGCCACCCUGGGCUGAUGGGGGACAUAGAGUGCGGCUUACAAAUCGUUUUAGCACCGGAGAACUAAAUCAACAAUGUUUGGAUGUACCCAUCUGGAAGCUGCACUGUUACACUUUUCUUUCCUGCGGUUGAAUAUUGUGAGUAAAAUCUGAUGCUGUCAUAGCUGUAGAAUACCGUAAAUACACUACAGUAUAUGAAUAUAUCGGUGACAUGAACCUGGACCAGUCAGUGAGCGAUUAAUGUUGCGGUGUACAUGCAGAAUCAAAGAGUACGUAUAGACUCGAAGGUUUCCUGUCCGUAUGCUUUGGCUUCACAAAGAAGGCUUACUCAUAUGUAAAAAAAAUUACAGUCAAGCUGGAGCUGAUCAGAGAACAGUUAAUUUACCUAGUUCCAUUAUUAGUGUACAUAGUCAAGUCACUUUGUACUGCUCUGUAGUACAAUGAAACAAAGAAAACAAUGGUGUACAGUUGAAUACAUUUUUUUAAUGCUUAUUUAUGGAUGAUGAAUAGCUUGAAUUCAUUUUUACUUGACAAUAAACAUUGUUUGCCAUAA